UAUGUCAAGUGCUCUAUCUUUAGCAGGCUAAAAAUGGAAAGAGUUUUGGGGAAUAUCCAAAACAUAAAACAUACAAUUGGAAGAUAAGAAAAAGUAAAUAAAUGAAGCAGAUUAAUAUAUCAGAUUAGCAGGUAGAGCUAUCUAAGGAAUUGUAUUUUAACAUUAAUGUACAAUUAUAUCAAAUUAAAUAAAGAAAUGCAAUUGUUAUAUGGAUUGUUAAGUUAAGUCCUAAAAAAACUUGAUGAAUUAGAAAAGUCAUAAGAAGGUGUGUUAUUAGCAAAAACAUUUGAUUCUUUAUCUUCUUUACAUUUAUCAAAAAUUGAGAGUAUUCACAAAGCAAAUGAUAGUUUUUAAGAAUGGUUUGAUACUAUUGAAUAACUAAGAUAGAUGCUUGAUAAAUAUUAAGAAAAUAGGUUAGUUUAUGAUCACUAUAGAUUAAAAGUGGAUUAACUGAAAAAUUCUAAAGAUUAAUAAAGGUUUCAAAGAGUAAUUCUUUAUUAAGUAAUCUUAGAAUGAGAAAAAGUAUAAUAAUGCGAAUACAUAAUUUUAAGGCAUCAGUAAUUAGAUUAUUCAGAAAAUGGAUUAGAUUUUGAACAAUAAAAGAAAUAUGUUCAAUAAAGCUUAUUAAAUAGUUAUAUAAAAUGAAACAGAAAUAUAUUAUCAAGCUUAUAAAAAAUUAAUAAAACAUGAAGAUUUCAAACCUAAAUUUGGAUGUGAUAAUUAAAAAUAAUAAAUUGAUAUCAAUGAUACAAAAUAAAAAGAAUAAAAUGAUUUAAAUAAUAUUGAAUGCAAAUCAGAUGAAAAUAUUAGCAUUAAAGAUAUACCAGCAUAAGGAUAAGAUUGGAAUCCAUUUGAAUAAAAUAAUAAAAGUCCUUAUGAAGAUCAAUUAGCUCAAUCUUAAAUUGUUUAAUCUUAUUUUUCUUAAGGAGCAUAAGAAUCAGUUAAUCCAUUUGAAUCAGGAGAUGUAGCUAGUUUUCCAUCAAUUUAUAUGCCAGACUAGAAAUAUCAAUCUAAUUAUAAAAUGGAUUAUGAGAAAUUUAAGCAAUCAACGAAGCAGCCUUUAGAAUGA